UUCCCCCUAGCCCUCCAAAACUUGCUCUCCAUGCCCUCCCCGUCUCACUGACGGUGGUCCCACCGCCCCACGCUCCCCCCCCGUGGGCCCCGUUCGUCGGCGACCGACCGCUAGCUCCGGCGACCCCCUCCCCGCCGACGAGAUCCGGCCGUCUCCGGUUUUCUUGGAGCCGCUCGUCGUGGCUGGGGUGGCGCCGGGGGGAAUGGAGGCGGCCGGCGCUCGCGCGGGCGGUGGCGGCCGGGAUCUCGCCGGCGGCGCGCCUCGGUGAGAUGUGAUCUGUGAUCUGUCCAACCUUUGUGUACUCGGGCUCAUUCCACAGUUAACAAAAAAGAUGGAAGAUUUACAAGAUUGUGACUGCAAAAGCCUUGUUGCUGUUCCUGGUUCUGUGGUUCUGCACCUCUUUAGGCUGUUUAAUCAGCAGGAUAAUUCCUGGCAGAAGUACACAUUAGCCUACUUUCUUUUGGUCAGGAAUGAGUACUUCUCUAGGGAUUCAAGGAAGCAUUCAGAUGGGAAGAACCAACUUCUUGACUGCUGUGAUGAUUCAGAAUUAGAUUUGGAUGUGCUGUAUGCUGAUUUGGAUAGUAAAGAACUGGAGCUUAAGUUGCAGAAACCUGUUGUCAAGACUCAAUCAAAAGGUGACUCAAGUGCCAGUGGAUCAAAUGAUUGCUUCUUUCCUGGCCUUCACGACGACCUGGCUCAGGACUGCCUUGCUUGGGCGAGCAGAUCAGACUACCCAUCGCUUUCUUGUUUGAAUAAGAAGUUCAAUUUGUUAAUCAACAGCGGGUAUCUGUACAGACUGAGAAGAAAAUAUGGCAUUGUUGAACACUGGGUGUAUCUAGCGUGUAGCUUGAUGCCCUGGGAAGCAUUUGAUCCUUCACGCAAGCGAUGGAUGAGGCUCCCAAGAAUGCCAUGCGACGAGUGCUUCUCUUGUGCAGACAAGGAAUCGCUUGCCGUCGGGACACAACUGCUUGUGUUUGGCCGUGAAUAUACAGGUCUUGCUAUUUGGAUGUACAAUUUACUGGCCCGUGGUUGGUCCCGAUGCACUCCAAUGAACCUGCCUCGCUGCCUCUUUGCCUCAGGAAGCUUUGGUGAGAUUGCUAUUGUUGCUGGUGGGUGUGAUAAGAAUGGACAGGUGCUGAAAUCUGCCGAGCUGUACAAUUCAGAGACUGGUCAUUGGGAGACUUUGCCAGACAUGAACUUGCCGAGGAGGCUCUCAUCUGGUUUCUUCAUGGAUGGAAAGUUUUAUGUCAUUGGGGGUGUGUCAAGUCAGAGGGAUUCUUUGACUUGUGGAGAGGAAUACAAUCUUGAAACAAGGACAUGGAGAAGAAUACAUGAUAUGUACCCUGGAGGGACUAGUGCCUCUCAAUCUCCUCCCCUAGUUGCUGUUGUGAAUAAUCAGCUUUAUGCAGCUGAUCAGGCAACAAAUGUGGUAAAGAAGUACGACAAAGGAAAUAACACCUGGAACAUAGUGAAGCCAUUGCCAGUCAGAGCUGACUCUUCCAAUGGUUGGGGCCUAGCUUUCAAGGCAUGUGGUGAUAGAUUGCUUGUUAUUGGUGGCCAUAGAGUACCCCGUGGUGAAGUAAUAUUGCUGCAUUCUUGGUGCCCUGAAGAUGGGAAUGGUGGUGCUGACUGGGAAGUGCUCUCGGUGAAGGAGCGUGCUGGUGUAUUCGUUUAUAACUGCGCAAUAAUGGGGUGCUGAAUUACAUUUCUUUCGGUAUAAUCCGUAUAUGCCUCUUGUUUAGCAACCCACCCAUUUCUUGCUGCUGCUUAGCUACCCCCUAUAAUGACCUGUAAUUCAGAAAAAUGACACCCCCCUUUUCGUGGAGCUCUCAAUGAAAUGUUUGGGAGAGAGCAUAGAGCAUUCAGUUCAGUUUACCUGGAACUUCUUUUAACUCGUUCAAAAUUUGUUCUUCUUGUCCAGUAUGAAAUUUAUGCAGUAUUCUUUAUUCAUCAUCCUUGCU